AUGUUGAAAAAGAAAGGUUCAGAAUAAUUAGAUAUCAUAUUUGAGGCAGGAGAGGAUCUUUUGAACUUCUCUAAAAAUCAAGUCAUCAUGAUAAAGAAUAAUUCUAUUAAGCUGCCGAUCAUUAGACCAAGAACAUUUUUAUCAUAUAGUCUUGAAUUUUGUGGGAUUACAGGUCUCAAUUACAAGAUGCUCAGAUUUCAAUCAUUGGGCAGAGAUAUUAGACCUGAAACUAGUAUCAUGACAUCAUGCUUAGUAAAAGUAAUACAUACAACAGAGUUUUCAUAAAUGGCAUAAAAUCCCUUAAAAACUUCAUUCUAAGGGUUGUUUAUACAGGGGUUUCAUAGCGAUAUCCUGCUUUAAAUUAAUGAAGAAAGUCCAAUACCAUUACACAAAUGUAUUUUAGCGUGUAGAUCACCAAAGUUUAGUGGAAUGUUUUCAUCGAACAUGAUCGAAAGCAAUCAAACUUUAGUUAAGGUCGAGCAUAAGAAACCUGAUUUAUUUAAGGUCAUGUUAUAAUGGAUUUAUUGUGGGUAUUGGAAAGAAUUUCCAGAAGAAAUUGAAGAUACUUGUGAUUUAAUGUUACUUGCAGAUGAAUAUUUAAUCACCGAUCUUAAAUAGAAGUGUGAAGAAGAUAUUAUUUCUAAAUUAGAUAGCAGCAAUAUAUUAUAAAUAUUGUUAUUUGUAGAAAAGCACUCAAAUAUCAUAUCAUAACAACUUUUGGAAAAAACUAAUUCGAUGUUCAUAGAUGACUUUGAUAAGAUCCAUAAAUUAAAUCCAAAUUUAGAACAAGAUAUAACAAGAGUGCCUGGUUUAAUGACAAAGCUAUUUGAAAAUUUGCAUUAGAAAAAAAUAAGAAAAGGGAGAAAAGUUCAUUUUGUUGUUGAUGAUUUUGAAGAAUCCGAUUCUGAUGACUAUGUUAGAAAUUAUACACAACAUUUCUACUAAUGAUUAUAAGAUGAUUAUCAAAUUAUAUAUAAAUAUUUAUAUAAAAUUUUAGA